AAAACGUGUCACCUUUGAGCGCGUCUUGAUGUCCUUGAGAUCACGAUAAUUACUGUCGUCCAAUCGAACACCAGAGAUGUUUGUUAGUUUGUCGGCUGGAGCACUGUUUUAUGCAUCUGGUAAAGUCGUGCAUGGUUUUGGAAGAGGAUCAAAACAGCUGGGAAUUCCAACUGCAAAUCUUGAAGAAUCUAUUGUUACUGAAAUACCAGACUCAACUAAAAAUGGUAUUUACUUCGGAUGGGCUAAAUUGAGCAACACUCCAGUGUAUAAAAUGGUGAUGAGUAUUGGAUGGAAUCCUUAUUUUAAAAAUAUCAAGCGUUCUGUGGAAGUCCAUAUACUCCAUAGAUUUGAGGAGAAUUUCUAUGGUGACACAAUUGAAGUAAUUGCUGUUAAGUACUUCAGACCUGAAUAUGACUUUCCAAGCAUUGCGGAUUUAAUUAAACAAAUACAUACAGAUAUAUGUGAAGCUAAUUUAUUCCUUGAUAAAUCAGAAGCCUUGGUCUGGAGUAAACAUGAUUUGUUCAAUGGAAAAAGAUCGAUGACCAACUAUAAAUGUACUUAACAGAAACACAUUCAUUAUAUCUUGUUAUAUAGAAACUAAUCCAUUGUAUAUAGAAUAGAUUUAUGCGCGGAUAUGUAAAUGAUAGUUGAUGGUGGUGUGAAAUGAAAUCAACCCCAUUUUGACUAAUUUGAUUUUUUAUAUAUUUUUCUUAUUAUUAUCAUUAUUGUUCUGGCAAGUUUUAACUUGAAUAGAACUGUAUUAUGGUUUAA